AUGGUCAGAGUAAAACACAGAUACAUUUUAUUCGAAAUACUAUAUCCACCGAUUCAAAAGAACACAUCUAGAGAAGAGAUAGAAGAUUAUGUUACAUCUGAGCAAAAUGUACUUCUAACAUUACACAAAUCAUCUCCAUCAAAUAUCAACUACAAAACGAUUCUUCAUGCAAUAAGAAAGUCACUACAGGAAAAUUAUGGAGAUAUAGGAUCGGGUUCAGCUGGGAUGUUGAUGACGGUUAAAUACUUUUCUAAUAAAACGUCAACAGGGAUAAUUCGAUGUGGUAGAUCACAAUUUGAAACAAUAAUUGGAGCUAUGUGCAUGAUCAAUAAUAUUGAUGGCCUUGAUGUCACGUUAAGUUGUAUUCACGUUAGUGGAACUAUAAAAAAGUGUGAAGAGUUCAGUAUAAAAAGCACUAGGCGAUUGAUUGAUAAGGUGGGAAGGUCUAAAGUCAAAGAUAUUGAUGUUUUUCUAAGAGACAUUAGUGGAUUGAAUGAGGAUCAGGAAGAAGAAGUUGUAAUAGAUGAGUGA